AUGGAUCACUUACGUGCAAGCAAACUCUCCCAAGCUAUCAAAGAUGACACCGGCGCCAUUCGGACGCACGUAUCGGCUAUCGAGUCUGCUGUCAACAAAGUGCAGCAGGUACAAGUCACCGCAACCCAGCGCAUUCUUCUAGAAUGGAUAUCGUCGAGCGACUAUCCCGCUCAGCAAUCGGACACCAUAAAGCGCAGGCAGGAAGGGACAGGCCAGUGGUUCCUAGACGCACCUGAAGUGGCACAAUGGCUUGACGACGCCAAGACCACCCUUUUCUGCUCAGGAAUCAAAGGUGCUGGCAAGACCAUGGUAGCGGCCAUCGCAAUCGAUCAGCUUCUGGACUCAGCGCAAAUCGGCGCAUACGGCGUUGCGUACGUUUACUGCAGCUACAAAUCUCAAGCGGACCAGGACAUCGUUGGUAUAUUAGCAGCCAUCCUCAAGCAGCUAGUUCAGGGCCGACCGUCAACGAUUCGUCCUGUGGAAGAACUACAUCAGAAACACGCCGGCCGCGGAACGAAGCCAACCCUCGUUGAUAUAUACAGCGCUCUUCGAGACGUGCUCGCACAGUAUCCGUACGUUCACAUAGUCGUCGAUGCGCUGGAUGAGUGUCAGAAAGAAACACGCCGACAGCUAUGCAAGAAGCUCCUCGAUCUGCAAAAGGGAACAGAUGUGCGAUUAAUGGUUACCUCGCGGUUUGUGCCAGAUAUUGAAGACGCUUUUCGGCUAGCAUCGAGGCUAGAAGUAGAGGCUAGCGAUGAGGACGUUAAGCAGUUCGUGGUUGGCCAAACACAUCGGUUACCCGGAUGUGUCCAGCGAAGUGCAACCUUGCAGAAAUUAGUGCAGGACAGUGUAGUAGAGGCUGUCGGCGGCAUGUUUCUUCUGGCUCGUCUACACAUAGAUUCCCUAUCGGGCGAUACGACAGCAAAAGAAGUCAAAUCAACUCUCACUACAUUCUCAAAAGGUGCAGCUGCGCUCGAUGAUGCGUACAGUGAAGCAGUAGAGAGGAUCGAAGGCCAACGAGCUAAGCAUUGUAAACUAGCAAAGAACGUUCUAACGUGGAUUACAUUUGCGAAGCGACCGCUCACUACUGCCGAGCUAUGCUGCGCCUUAGCAGUCAAGCCUGGCGAAGCUGAAUUCGAUCCAGAAAACAAACCCGAUGUGGACGACAUAGUCUCUGUAUGCGCUGGGCUUGUUGUUGUCGAUCAGGAGAGUGCUAUCAUCCGUCUUGUGCACUACACUACGCAAGUAUACUUGGAGCAUAUCAGCUCUAGGCUGAACCCAGAUGGACAGUUGAAAAUAGCCGAGACGUGUCUGACCUACCUAUCGUUCCGCGUCUUCGAAAGCGGCAGCUGUGCCACUGACGAAGACUUUGAAGAGAGGCUGCGUCAGCAUGAAUUCCUGGAUUACGCAGCCAAACAUUGUGGUGAACAUACAAGAUGUGUCGAAGCUAAGGUUGCUCACUUAGUUUGCACAUUAGUUACCCACAGUGGCAUACUUUCCUGUGCAGCACAGGUACUAUUGGUGCCUAGCUACAAGUACAGAGGGUACAGUGCGCAUUAUCCUGCUCUGACAGGUUUACAUUGGAUAGCACGAUUUGGACUAUGUGAUGUGGCGAAGGAAUUUCUGCGCCGAAAAGAAGGCGAAAUAUGCGCAGUGAAUGCGAUGGAUAGUAACGGUGAUGGCUCAUUGAUAUACGCAGUGAAACGUGAGCACUGUGCAAUGGCUAAAUUGCUGCUAGACAAGGGAGCCGACGUUAACGCGCAGGGUGGAUGCUACGUUUACGCGCGGGGUGGAUACUACUGCAACGCACUCGAGGCGGCUUCAUCUAAAGGCCACGAGGCGGUAGUAAAGCUGCUGCUAGACAAGGGAGCCGACGUUAACGCGCAGGGUAGAUUCUACGGCAACGCACUCCAGAUUGCUGCAUAUGCGGGCAAUAACAAAGUACUUGAGCAUUUAAUCGAGAAAGAUAGCAUCAGCCAGCUCCAAGAUCCAUAUAACCGGACUCUACUCUGGUGGGCUGCGGCUGGCGGCCAGACUACUACCGUUCAAGUGCUUAUCAGCCAGUACAAGUACGACUCUCGAAUUGCCGACAAAUUCGGGAGGACGCCACUUUGGAUAGCCACGAAGAAGGGGCACCGUGCAGUAUCAGAACUCCUAUCUGAAGAGUGUGGACCGACUGAUCCUGGACAAACUGCGUCACCCGACCAUAGUGAUGAUUCAGGGUCUAUUCAAUGCGACGUCUGUACUUCGAGCAUCAGGGCAACUGAUUUUCACUACCACUGCCGACAUUGCUUCAACGGAGAUUGGGAUGUGUGCGAAGACUGUAGGAUAAGAGGUGCCUUCUGUGCGGAAGAGACGCAUGUUUUGGUCAAGCGUACAAUAAUAGACGGAAGUGGGUUGAGAUGA